AGUUUUUCUCAAUCGCUUUGGUGCAUUUCUUAGAUCAAAAGUGCAAUUCUUGAUACUACUUGUACAAAUUCCAAAUCAUCUAGUCACUUGUGCACAUCAUUAAAGCAAUUUCUUAUUCCUUUGAACAAAUUGCAAUUGCUUUUGUACAUAUUGCAAUUGAUAAUGUACAAGUGUCAGCUUUUUUCCACAUUUUCAAUUGCUCAUGUCAUGUUGAUCAAAAUGUAGUAAAUGGUUCUCUGUUGAAUAGUCUUACCCCUCAAAAUAUCUAGGCAUUAGUUCUUUGCAUAAGCCAUUACAUGCAAAAUUGUUGAACUAUUUGUCAUAAACUGUCAGGCAUAGUUUUACACAUUUUUUUUAUUAGACUUUUUGUACAAAGAUGUGAAUUGAUGAAUCGUGCAGGUGAAAUUGACCCUCACUCAAGGAAUGUAAAGUGUUAGUUCAACCAACAAUCAACCAGUUGUCUAAAUUGCUCAAAGGUGCAUCUCAUGAACAAUCAAUUGGGAAGCAUAUAUAGACAGACCACAACACAGAGUUGCAACUUUCCAACAAUGGAUGGACCAGGAAACGAACAGGGUCAACAGCCAGGAGGAAGAAGAGGAGCAAGGAUGCGUGGUGGAAGGCAAAACAGAGGAUGAGGCAGAAGAGGACAUAGGCGCAUAUCUGAUGACAUAAGGGCCACUAUUGUAGACCAUGUUGUCAAUCAUGGCCUUACUAUGGCUGAGGCGGGUCGAAGGGUGCAGCCGAACAUUGGGAGAUCAACCGUGUCCUCAAUAGUUCAAAUGUUUCGAAGAGAGAACCGGUAUGUCCACCAAUGUACAGUGCACUGUUACUGUAUAUAAGCAGUAUACUGUAUACUUCCUAUAAUGCUUCCUAUUACAGUAGUCCACUUGUAUUUCACAGCAUACAUAAAUAUACUCUAUACAGAUAGAUACUGCACUUUACAUCCACCCAACUGUAUGUUUUACAGUAAAAUGUGUUUGCAUAAUUUUUGUCUAUGUGAAAGUGUGCAAUGCAUCACUGCAUUUGUCCCCACAUAGGACAGCAAAAUUACCACAAACCGGUGGCAGAGGACGCCUUUUCACACCUCAACAGGAAGAGGCUAUAUGCACCAUGGUCCGAGCAAACAAUGCUAUGAGACUCAGGGAAAUACAAAGGACCAUUAUAGAAGACAACGAUGUCUUUGAAAACAUCCGUACUGUUAGCAUCUCAACCAUUGACAGGGUGCUGCAUAGAAACCAGAUGAGUAUGAAACAGCUGUACCGUGUACCAUUCCAAAGGAAUGAGGACCGAGUUAAGGAGAUACGGUACCAGUAUGUACAGCGUAUAAUGGAGUUGGAAUCAAGUGAACCCUCUCACAACUUUGUAUACAUGGAUGAGGCUGGCUUCAACCUGACCAAAUGCAGAAGGCGGGGUAGGAAUGUCAUCGGUCAGAGAGCUACUGUGGAUUUGCCAGGCCAAAGGGGAGGAAAUAUCACCAUGUGUGCUGCUAUUUCAGAGCAUGGCGUCCUAACCCAUAUCCCCCUUAUAGGACCAUACAACACCCAGCAUCUACUCAACUUUUUAGAGACUCUCUACAGGGCUCUCAUCCCUGAUGAUGAGAGGGGUCUGUUUAGAGAGGAUUUGCCAAAGUAUGUUGUCAUUUGUGAUAAUGUGAGUUUCCAUCGAUCAAACAUCAUAAGGCAAUGGUUUGUGACCCACCCGAGGAUGCUCAUAGAAUUCCUUCCACCUUAUUCUCCAUUCCUUAACCCAAUUGAGGAGUUCUUUUCAGCAUGGAGGUGGAAGGUGUAUGAUCAUCAGCCACACACACAGAUGACCCUGCUGGCUGCAAUGGAUGCAGCAUGUGAGGACAUCACAGUAGUUGCCUGCAGAGGAUGGAUAAGGCAUUCCAAAAGAUUCUUUCCACGUUGCAUUGGAAGGGAAAAUAUCCGGUGUGAUGUGGAUGAGAAUAUGUGGGCCGACAGACAGGAACGUCUGGAUGUGUAGAGACAGCACUAGAAACAGUGCUGCAGGCAAAGUUGUGCCUUAGGGGUGUUUCCUGUGUUUUAGUUUUUAUUUUACUUUGUGCCCCUUGUCUUUUUCUUACUGUAAAUUAUUUUGUUGUUUUCU